UCCAGCUGACAGCCUGAGAGGAUAUGCCUGUGAUCUCACACUGGAUCUAAACACAGCGGGCAGAGAGCUCCGUCUGUCUGAGGACAACAGGAAGAUGACGGGGGUGUUCAAGCUGCAGCCGUAUCCUGAUCACCCAGACAGAUUUAACUGGCCUCAGGUUCUGUGUAAAGAAGGUCUGACUGGGCGAUGUUACUGGGAGGUCCAGUGGAGAGUACACGUUUCUAUAGGAGUGACUUACAGAGGAAUCACAAGAAGUGGUAAUGACUGUUGGCUUGGAUACAAUAAUCAGUCCUGGAGUCUGACGUGCUCUGAUGACUUCUACUCUGCCAAACACAACCGUGAGUUCACCAGGAUCUCUGUCCGUCCCCGUAGAUCUCACAGAGUAGCAGUGUAUCUGGACUGGUCUGCUGGGACUGUGUCCUUCUACAGAGUCUCUUCUGACAGACUGAGACUCCUGCACACCUUCAGAUCCACCUUCACUGAGCCGCUCCACCCUGCGUUUGGUGUGUCGACAUCUAGUCCUCCUAGUGAGGUGGAGCUGCCAGUUUGUCAGAAACAACUCUGACCUGAAAGUGUUGAGAACAUGUUUGGCUGAUUUGUGGUUUAUGGUUGAUUUUUCUUUUUUUUUUUUUUUUAAAUUGUAUCAGGCAUCUUGGUGGAUAAUUGUUAAUUGGUUGAUUGGACAGGCUUGUAAAAAUAAUGAGUCAUUAUAAUGUUUGUAUAUUCAAAUCUUAGGGCUCUAUUUUCCCGGCGCAGCACAGGGUGGCGCAGUGAGGCGAACCCCACGCAGAGCUAAUUUGGACCGGCACGACCCGAGGGGUGCACAGUUUGGUAUUUUGGCAGACCGACGUGCGCUGAGGUGGGAGUGGCGUUGAGCAGCCAGUCUUCUGAUUGGCUGCUCCAAUAGACUUUCUUACAACGAGCCUCGCCACUCUCCAUUAACCCCCAUUGUAUCGAACUUGGUUGCAGUUCCACUGAAAUUCCACUGGGGGUGAUCGCGGGGGAGUGCAGAAUGAAUGGGGCUCCAUGAAGCUAGAAGGCUAAAUUUGUCUGGGACUUUAAGUUUCAUGUU